CCAUAUAUCGCCUUUUUUCUUCCUUGCUUUUUUAUUUUUUACCCUCCAAAUUUUGGAUACAAGUUCAGGUUUUUGGUUCUCCCAAGAUUCUGAAUUUGGAUGCUGUGGUGCGAUUGAUUCGCUGGGAAUAACAUGGGGGAGGUGGUGACGAGUGGAGACAAGUCAGUGAGGGUGGUGAGGGAAGAGAGUGAGAGUGGGAACAGCAUGGGGUUGAUGAGGUGGGAGAAGUUCUUGCCCAAGAUGAUUUUGAGAGUGCUUUUGGUUGAAGCUGAUGACUCCACCAGACAGAUUAUAGCCGCGCUUCUUAGAAAAUGCAGCUACAAAGUGGCUGCUGUUUCGGAUGGCUUGAAGGCGUGGGAAUUACUCAAGGGAAGACCGCACGGUGUUGAUCUAAUACUGACAGAAGUGGAUUUGCCGUCCAUAUCUGGCUAUGCUCUUCUCACAUUAAUUAUGGAGCAUGAUAUUUGCAAAAACAUCCCUGUUAUAAUGAUGUCUUCCCAAGAUUCAAUUAGCACGGUAUACAAAUGCAUGCUGAGAGGUGCUGCUGAUUAUCUUGUUAAGCCCAUUAGAAAAAAUGAACUGAGGAAUUUGUGGCAACAUGUUUGGAGAAGACAAUCAUCAACCACUGGCAUAAAUGGUCCUCAAGACGAGAGUGUUGCACAGCAGAAGGUUGAAGCCACUGCUGAAAAUAAUGCUGCUAGUAAUCGUUCAAGUGGUGAUGCUGCUUGCAUUCAGAGAAAUAAGGAAUUAAUUGAGAAAGGAAGUGAUGCACAGAGCUCUUGUACAAAGCCUGACUUGGAAGCUGAGAGUGGUCCUGUCGAUGACAUGCAGGAAUUUUCUCCGCUGAAAGGUGGGGAUGAAGCAUAUCCAAGUGGGACAGAGACUCAAGAAGUUGAAACAUGCAUUCGUUUAGGCCAGACAUUGAUGAUGCAUGACAGUCGUGAUGGAGGAUUAACUGUGGGUGUUAGCAAAAAUGGUGAGGCAAGCACGACUAAGGACAAGGAUGCUGAUCCAGAGCAUUUUGGGAAUGCUAGCAUCAGUGAUGAGGCUCGUGACAAUCACUAUGUUCAAAUUAACUCUUCCAAGGAAGCUAUAGACUUGAUUGGAACAUUUCGUACUCAUCCAAACUGUACCCUAAAGAAUUCCACAGUUAAUUGCACAGGCAAGUUUGACUUCUCUCCUCAAUUGGAUCUUUCUCUGAGAAGAUCCCGUCCUAGCAGCUUUGAGAAUGAACUCACUGAAGACAGGCACACCCUUAUGCAUUCUAAUGCUUCAGCUUUCAAGCGGUAUACUAACAGGCAUUUGCAAGCCUCGACGCCUGCUGUGUUAAUUAACUUCUGUGAUCAACAAAGAGAACAGAGAACAAAUUGUGAGAAAAAUAUCUCUCAUGUCGCCACUGGCUGCAACUCAGAUAGUUCAACACCUAGUAUGCAAAAAUGUAUCAUGUCUCCAACUACAGUCCAAUCAAAAGAAUCUGAACUUGCAACCUCACAGUCCCAGCAUGGGCAUUCUCUUCCAAUCCAAGUAAAGGGUGUAAGGUUCAAUGAUCUAUGCACAGCCUAUGGUUCUGUACUUCCUUCAGUGUUUCGUACACAGUCAGGUCCCCCGGCAAUGCCGAGUCCAAGUUCAGUUGUGCUCCUUGAACCAAACUUUCAUGUAAAUGCAUUUUAUCAGUCAAAUAUGAAAGAUAGUAGUUCAGAGCAGCUUUAUGAGCCUUGUGGUCCAAAUGGAAACAACACCCAAAACCACAUAGUAUACACACAGGAACACAAAUCAGAACAUGCAGAGGAUCGAGGACAUAUCUCUCCUACAACUGAUCAAAGUGUAUCAAGUAGCUUCUGUAAUGGAAAUGCAAGCCAUCUUAACAGCAUCGGUUAUGGAAGCAACUGUGGAAGUAGCAGCAAUGUUGAACAAGUUACCACUGUCAUGGCAGCUUCAGAGGCCAAGAAUGAAGACCUCACAAACAAUGGAAACUCUCAUCGAUCUAUCCAAAGAGAAGCAGCUCUAAACAAAUUCCGCUUGAAAAGGAAAGAGAGAUGCUAUGAGAAGAAGGUUCGCUAUGAGAGCAGAAAGAAACUAGCGGAACAGCGCCCCAGAGUGAAAGGACAAUUUGUUCGUCAAGUGAAUCCUGAUCCUCUUGUUGCAGAAAAAGAUGGCAAAGAAUAUGAUCAUUUACAGAUUUCUGACUCACUGGAGAGGAGAACAUGAAUUGUUAGUAUAUAGUUGCUUCAAAGUUUUGUUUUCCUAGAAGCACUUGAUUUGUAUAUGCUUUCUAAAACCAUUUUUCUCAUUUGCCCUUUCUCUAAAUCAUGAUAUAUAAUAUACCUAAUGUAUUAUAUCAUUGUAAUUUUAUACAGUUUUAUAGAGAUCUAUGUGUUCAUUAUUUAUUUA